GAAGCUUCAGUGCUUCACCCGCAAGGUCCAGUACUCGUCAUCUUCAAGUUCCAUGAUUUCAUUCAUCAUGAAGUGUCCAACAACAACAACAAGAACAACUAACGACACUUGAUGAUCUCAGUCGUCCAUCAUGAUUUCCCGCCAGCCAUACGCGCCUACACCACAUAGCUAUGUUCCCAACACUACACUCUCAGCUACGAUAAACCUGGAUGAAGAAGUGAAGCUCGCCGACACCCGGGCUGAGCGUGACCUCCAGGACUCAUUAGCCGAGAUCUUCAGUAUUAUCGUCACUCUGGAUGAGCUGGAAAAGGCCUUCCUCAAAGAUGCCAUCCCCGAGGCCGAUUAUACUGAGAUCUGUGAGAGAUCGCUAAAGCAGUACAAAUCGCUUGUCGCCGACGAGACUGUCGCCAAGGCAUUCGUUGGUUUGGAGGAGUUCAAGGCCAAGUGGGAUCUCGAGGUUCCUCGCGCAACUGAACGCAUCCGCGUCGGCAUGCCCUCAACGGCCGUCAACGCCUCCUCCGGUCCAGCACCCGCCACAGUUGCCGCUUCUGGAGGCACGAGCGGCACUCUCAUUCUCGAAGCCACUCAGGACUUCAUCACAUUCCUUGAUGCCCUGCGUCUCGGUCUAUUGGCCAAGGAUCAGCUGCACCCUCUCCUAACAGACGUGAUCCAGUCGGUGAACAAGGUGACGGACAGGGACUUUGACAAUAGGGGCAAGAUCGUGCAGUGGCUGAUCACCCUUAACCAGAUGAAGGCGACGGAAGAGCUGAGCGAGGAGCAGGCCAGGGAGUUGGAACUGGAUAUCAACUCGGCGUAUCAGGGCUUCAAGAGCACACUUACGUAGGGCCAGUCGUGUUACAGGAUUUUGACGGGUAUCUAGCAGUACCUAGUGAGCAUCGCUACACCAAGAACGUCCAAAAGCUAGGAUAAACAAAUUCCUCCUCAAAGAUCCUCCUCACCUGCUCCAGCACGAACCUUUCCACCUUGCCCACGUUCUUCAAGCUCUGCUUACCGCUUUCCCUCUGCCCAAUCUCACUUUCGACGCGGAUUUCCUGCAACAGCCCACCCAUCUUUGUCUUUGCCCCGUCGCUGCCUCCUCCUAUCCCAGAACCAUUCCCGCUCCCAGCAGCCUUGUUCUCCUCCCCACCCACAGCAGCCACAGCAUCUUCGGGGCUCAAAAAGCAAAAGUGCACUCUUUUCCUGAUGUUCGCCACCACUCCCACGCCAUCGAACGUGAGUCCCGUGAUGCUCAACCGCACCGGAAUCCCCACAAAGCUGGGCAUGGGGUAAUCCAACAAGAUGUCAGCCGUCAGCAAGAGCUUCACAUCGCCAGCGUAUUUGAUGCGGAACACAGCUUGGAUGUCUUCCACCCUUGGUUCCCGAAACCGUUGCCUUUCUUCUUCCCCUUCCUCUUCCUCCUCUUCAUCUUCCUCCGGCUCCAGCUGUUGUUGAGCCGGGUGGUCCCGAUGAUCAUGCAUCCCAUCCAAGAACCCGUCAUCGUCAUCCAAGAUGGCCGACCCCGCCCGGUUGUUACUUGUCCCAGCCGAGUUGGGCGCCAACGUAGAAACGCUAUGCUUCUCCCUCAGCCCUUGCUUGGGAAUCUGUAGUCUCGGUCCACUUGUCGCCAGUGCACCAGCACCAGCACCAGCCGCCCCAAUUCCCCUUCCCCCAAUCCCCAGUCCCACUGCCGGCGAUGGCGUAGACGACGGUGGCGAAGUAGCAGCAGCUGCCGAGAAUAACCCUUGUCUCUCCGCCGGCGCCGGCGCAACCGGGCUAUAAUCGCCCACCGAGUUCAAGCUCUGCGAAGAAGGAUUCCUCUUGUGCCUCGGACCCGUCGGGAUGGCUAGCACAGGCGCAGUCGGCGGGUAGCCCAUGCUUGCCAUGCUUCCCAUGCCCGCCAUGCCCAUUCCGCGACCAAUGCCUCCCACGCCGCCGGCGGUUCCCAAGGUACCUAAUGGGGUGCUAGUGCCAGUGAGGGGGCUGGGUCCCGGGGUGGGUUUGCCAGUCCCAACUCCCGGGAAGUGAAGCCGGAGAUGGGGUGUGGAUGAGCUGUGAAGACCUUGGUUUGUUGCUGCUGCUGCUGCUGCUGCUGCUGCUAC